AUGCGCAUAUUCCUCGAAAGAAUCACGCUCACGUUGGUGAACGUAUUCCUACCGCCCCUCUCAGUGAUGCUCGUCGCAGGCGUAGGCAUGGACGCCCUAGUGAACACGCUCUGGUUCCUCUGUGGCGUGAUACCGGGCCACAUCCACGGCUUCUACGUGACGUGGACGUACUUCUCGCGCAAGAAGAAGGUGAAGAAGGGCCGCUACCCGGGCGGGCCGAAGCCCUUCAUCUACAGCCGCCGCGUCAUCAACGGCGACGCCAGCGACGAGCGCGUGCGCCAGCUGUGGAGGGCCGAGCAGCGCGCCCGCGAGGACGCCGAGCUGCGGAAGCAGGCCAGUCGGCGCUCUGGGUUUGGUCUAGGGGGAGCCACCCCUUCUCGGAGGGCGUCAAGGAGGUCUGAGUUCUGA